UUUCUCCUCCUAGAGUGCUUCUGAAGAAAUCUGGCUGUAAAAUACCCAGAAUUGAACUGGAAGAGAUGGGACCUUCAUUAGAUCUGGUUAUGAGGAGGACACAUUUAGCCUCAGAUGACCUUUAUAAGCUGUCUUUGAAACAGCCAAAAGGCCUGAAGCCUAAGAAGAAAAAGAAUAUCUCCCAUGAUGUGUUUGGUACAACUUAUGGUCGAAUCCACAUGCAGAAGCAAGAUCUUAGUAAACUGCAGACACGGAAAAUGAAAGGCUUAAAAAAGAGGCCAGCAGAGAAGUCAGCUGAAGAUGGUGGGGCUACUCCCAAAAAGUCAAAGUCUGCUUGACAGUCUGGGACAGCUUUGAAAACUCUUUGUACUUUCAAGUUUAGAAUAUAUGUUGUAAUAUAAAUUGUCAGACAUAAAAGACUGAGCUGCUGUUAGCUUUAGUUUUGUAACAAAAAAACUUUUUGAUAAUUUGUCAUUUUGAAGGGAACAUUGGGGUAUUGAGCUUUAACAUAGAGCUUGGUUAUUUAAAAUAAAAAACAUUUUAAAACUAAGAAAGUUUUCCAAAGCUGGGCAUUUGUUUCUGGGUAUUAGCAAUAUAUGGGAGUCAAACAGGUGACUCAUUUCCUGGACAGUUUCACAGAGUGGAUUCAAAGGGACUUUAAAGAUCAUCUGGUUCCAGCCCCCUUGCAGU